GUUUGCGUGAAGACGGAAGCUUAGCGCUGUACACAAGGUGACGGUUGGGUUGUACAUAGAAAAAAAAGAUUAGCCUUAUUUAUACAUUGUUUCGACAUAAAUUUGAAUUUGAUUUAACGCUGGAAAGGAACAAUGCUAACCUACGUUUUAACCACGAGUUUUAAAGAAAUAAAAUACGACAUGUAUCUAACAAACGUUAGCACUGUUGCUACUAGCGAUCCAUAAAGCGUUAAGAGCUAGCUUAACAGCUGGUUGGCUGCUGUGACACGUAGCAGCAUCAUAUUCGGAUGUUUUCGUGUUUAACUGAGCAUAAAUAAAAUGGAAGAGAUAAAGAGCGAGCCUGUGGAUUUUGUGAGGGAAUUUCAGGAAUACUUGACCCAGCAAACCCAGCAUGUCAACAUGAUCUCGGGCUCUGUUUGUGGAGAAAAGGAGACAACGGAGCAGUUUCAUGCUGUUGUCCCAAGAUGUGAGCAGAAUGGUCUGGAUCCCCCUUCUGUGGAGGUGAGCCUGCCUGUGGAAGAUGGGUCAGAUGUGCAGAUGAUGGACGACCUGGAAAGGACCUGCGAUGGAAAAUACAAAUGCAGCUACUGUAGCUAUGCCAAUAAAGGCAUGGCUCGUCUAAUAGAGCACACCCGCAUCCACACAGGUGAAAAACCUCAUCGCUGCCAGCUUUGCCCAUUUGCGUCUGCAUAUGAGCGCCACUUGGAAGCCCACAUGCGCUCGCACACAGGAGAGAAGCCAUACAAGUGUGACCUCUGCGCGUUCCGAUGCAGCGACCGCAGCAACUUGUCCCACCACCGCCGCCGUCGCCACAAGCUUCUUCCCACGAGGGUGGUCCGGCCUCCCUUCUCUAACAAGAGAAUGCUGAGCGCUUUGCAGAAGAGGACAGGCUCGCUGGGCUUCGGUCGACGGCUCCUGAUCAACAUCAGUCCUCCCUCCUUGGUGUCGCCAAGGUCUGAAUAUAUGAAUGACCUCUCUAACAAGAUCCACCACUUGAAUAGCGAGUAUAAAAAUCCUCCCAAAGUGGAUGAGAUUGAAAACCACAGCCAGAGUGCUAAUGGUUUUAGAAACUCACUGGACCAGCUGUCUGCACUGGCUGGACAGCUGGGCAGCCUUCACUCUGAACCGGAGGCUCCUGCGUCACCUGACAGAGAGUCCGUAAAAGACGAGAAGCCAAUCCUGAUACAACACGUCUCCAGUGAACAGGUUGCAGUGUGCUCAAAUGCAUUUCAGACAUCGCCACCAAAAAACGAGUCUCCCACUUCAGUUCACGAAAGCGGCAGUCCCGUUCCUGCAUUUAGUUUGGAGAACAACACGAACACUUUUACUGGAAGCGUUAGCAACAGCCAGGCGAGCACACCCACCCUGGCCCCGACUGCACCAGACCAACAGCUCCUACAGAAAUGUCAGCAUUGCGAUAUUCACUUUUCCGAUAAUAUACUUUUUACUAUCCACAUGGGUUGCCAUGGUUUUGAACAUCCGUUCCAGUGCAACAUCUGUGGUCAUAUGUGCAUAGAUAAAUACAAUUUUGCUUGUCAUUUUGCCCGUGGACAACAUAAAAAGUGACAAUGUGCACUUUUAGUUUCAGACUUGUGUUCAGCUCCCUCAUUAAAGUGGAUGUUCUUUGCUGGUUAUUAUAUUAAUAAAUAUCCAAGGACUGUUAGGGAAAUAUUUAUUUUAAACUAUUAAAGGCUGAUUUCUCUGAGCUUGGCUUAUAGACGCACAAUCUGUAGUUUUAAUCAGUUUGGUCUGGUUACUGACACUUUUUAAACACAACGAGAACUACAAAAAACUUCUUUAGCAGCAAAUGAUUCACUUCAUGCAUUUU